CUCAAGUCCGUCUAAGAAAGAGCCGUUGGUCUGAAGAAGUUACGACUCGCUGAAUGUUUUUGCGGCGUUAGUGGAGCCAUGGAGCUCCUGGGGCUCCUGCUCCUGCCAUGCUUCUUAGGCCUGCUGACCACGGUAGCCUCUGAACGACCGCACCUUCUUCAGCGCGCCAGUUUUCUCCAUUUGGACGGAGGCACUGAAGUCCCGAAAGUGCCACGUGCAGUGCCCAUUCCAGGUUCCCAGACCUGGCCUUCGGAUGAAUCCUCGGACCGAUGCACGGCAAGGAACGCCUAUACCUGUGGAGACGGGCAACGCUGCUGCUGCAUGUUCGGCUGCAGCUAUGACUUGGAAAAGGACAACUGCACCGCCUGUGAUGCCGCAGAUCCCUUGGUACGGCAGUUUCACAUCCCUUCCUCGCAUCUGUGGAAAGAACGCGCUGAAGGGAUUUGCAGCGCCGAAUUUGCGCAUCGCUGCGGGGCCGCGUGCUGCUGCAAUGCGAACUUUCGCUGGAACAUGGAGACGCGCCAUUGCGAGGCCGCUGAAGACUUGGCGAUGGUCAUCGAAACGUUGCCUGCACCGCCGGUACCACCUGAGGAUGUGGUGCCAGGUUCCCAGACUUGGACGGCCGCAGGCAUCAGCUGUGAGAGCAGGAACGCCUACAGCUGCAGCGAUGGACAGCACUGCUGCUGUCGUUUCGGCUGCGUUUUCAACCCCGAGAAAGACAGUUGUAGCGCCUGCAGUGCUGAUAGCCCUCAGGUGAAGAGUUUCCACAUUCCCUCGUCCCAUCUCUGGGCCGAGCGCAUCAAGGAGGGUACCUGCGAACCUGAGCAUAGCCAUGCCUGCGGCAAGGCAUGUUGUUGCCAUGGUAAAUACCGCUGGGAUCUAGAGCAGAGGCACUGUGUUGCUGCGGCUUCCACGGUGGCCACUGCGGAAGGUGCGUCCGUCGCUGAAAAAAAGCUGGUGGCGCCGCCGAAACCCGAUCCGGUUCCCGGGUCCCAGACAUGGCUUACCGGCGGGACAUGUGAGGCCAAGAAUGCAUACAAGUGCGGAGAUCAUUGCUGCUGCAUGUUCGGCUGCGAAUUCAAUGCUGAACGCGAUUCGUGCACCAGUUGUAGCGACAAUGAUCCCUUGGUGGCGAAAUUCCACAUCCCGGCCUCACACCUGUGGAAUGCACGUCGCGAGAAACAGCUCUGCGACGAGCCUGAGAGCCAUCGAUGUGGCCAAGCGUGUUGUUGCAAUGCUGGUUACCUGUGGAAUAUGGAGAGCAGAAGGUGCAUCAUCUACAAAUGAGACGGAAGACAAACUGAAGAACUGCAGCGUCAUCCGCAGGAGUUGUUUUGAACAAACAAGGGUCUCUUGAAUAUCAUUCAUAAAACAAAUCAACUGGG